UUAUUUUUCUUAGGAUCCAAAGACAGGAAACUGGUGGUUACAAUUGAAUGAUCAAGAGUUGAUAGGGUAUUGGCCAAAAGAGCUAUUCACAAACCUUGCAGGUGAAGGGGCAAGCACGAUUGAAUGGGGAGGUGAAGUGGUGAACACGAAGAAAGACGGACAACACACAACCACUGAAAUGGGAAGUGGACACUUUCCAAGUGAAGGAUUUGGAAAAGCAAGUAGCUUUGAAGUGAAGCCAGUUACAACAAAAAAAAAAGUAGCUUUGAAGUCAUCAAAAUCAUUGAUAUGAAUAAUGGUAUAAUAGAUCCGGUUGGAGUUCAAACAUUAGUGAGUCGGCCUACCUGUUACGAUAUUAAAACUGGUUAUGAUAAACUAUACGAGGUUUUUUUCUACUAUGGUGGUCCUGGUCGUAACCCCGAGUGUCUUUAGAUAUUUCAUAUCUAUGUACACUCUAAUUUGUUAAAGUUGUAUUGUGCUCCGGAUGGUUGUAAAUGUACCCAAGUUUACUUCAUUCUCUGGAGUUUUUUAGUUAUAUCUAAAAACUAAGUUUGAUUAUUACUUUUUGUAUGUCUUUUUGUCAAUUUUUUCAAGUUUGGUUAUCACCUUUGGUUAUGGAUGGGAAUGUGUCUGGUGGAGAAAACAGUGUAGAACUUAAUUAACAGAAAUUAGGAAAACACUGAUACUGGUAAUGGUUUCAUGGUGUAAGAUGGGAGACAAACUCGUUGAAUCAAGUCAAGAAGGAAAGGAACUAACUGUCAGAUUUAUCAUCACAGAAAGCGUAUGAAAUUAAUGUAUUCAUGUAUUAGAGUUUAGGCAUAUCACCAAAGUGGCCGGUGGACAAAUUUAAUUGGUUUCCAUGGUUUACUAAAGUUUAUUAGAGAAUCCUAGUUCAAUGAUGGAUUUUUAAAAGUAUAAAUUCAAUAAUUAUUUAAUGAUUCUAAAUUAUCUAUAAUAUCAGUGUUAUUUGAAAUUAAUUAUAUAUGUAAAUGAUACAACAUAGAUUUUAACGUCUGGUGUUUUUAAUUAAGAUUUAUAUAUCAAAAUCUAAUGUUAUUUAAAAUUCAAUGAUGUUAAAAACUAAUAUUAUAAUUUAACUACAAUUUUAAAUACUCUAUUAAAAUAUAAUGUUAUUCAAACUAAUGUUAUUCAAACUAUUCUGUAAGAAACUGUGUAUAAAUCUAUUUGAAAUAAAAUCCAAUGGAUAUUUAUGAGUAAAUUAUUAAAAAUAAAUCCAAUUUAUAUUGAAAAUAUUUUAUAAUUUGCACACAUAAUUUCACAAAGAUAAUAAAAAUUUGAUUAUAAAAAAUUUUAAAUUUUGAAAAAUCUAUAGAUAGACUUUAAAACUAUAGGGAUUGAAUAAAAUCCUCUAAAUACGGAUCAACAUAUCUUAAAUAUGAGUAUUACAAAAGUUUGAAAAAAAAAAUACUAUUUCCGUAAUAAAAAAGGAGCUGCUGAUGACCUCACCGACUCCAAAAACUAGGGCUUAUAAAUACAAACAAGCAUCGGCUCAUAACUUCAUCCACUACCUUAACCAUUCAAUCAAAUUCUUUAAGAGAAACUCGCAACACACAACAAGCCAAGAUGUCAAAGAAGAUCAUGUUGAAGAGCUCUGACGGAGAAUCCUUCGAGGUGGAAGAAGAGGUUGCACGUCAAUCACAGACUUUAGCAAAUCUCAUCGAAGACAAUUGCACCGAUGGCGAGAUCCCGAUUGCGAACGUCACAAGCAAAAUCCUCGGCAUGGUUGUAGAAUAUUGCAAGAAGCACGUCGUGGUGGUCGAUGGAGGUGAUGAUUCAUCUUCCUCCUCCACUUCCGAGGAGGAUCUCAAGAAGUGGGACGCUGACUUCAUGCAAAUCGACCAGUCCACGAUGUAUGACCUAAUCUUGGCUGCGAAUUACCUAAACGUUGCAAGCCUGCUUGACCUCGCUUGCCAGACAGUUGCUGAUAUGAUCGCAGUAUGCAAGAGUGCUGCAGAGAUUCGCGCAAAGUUUGGCAUCGAGAAUGAUUUUACACCAGAGGAAGAAGCAGAGAUUGUCAAGGAGAACCAAUGGGCUUUUGAAUGAAACCUAACUAGUUUGUUUGUUUUUAUUUUAUUUUGUUAUAAUAAACCAAUGGUGUUUUGCUAUGGAGACAAUCUUUAGUUGGAUAUUAAUAUAUGUUUUAGCAAUUUUAUGAGCGAUCUUAUCGAAAGUCAUUCGUUUAUGAUCAAUUCUUGAAUGUUCUAUUGCAUCUUCUUUUUCUUAUCAUAUCUUCUAACCAAUGGGCUUCUUCUUGGUUUUAGUGUUGACGUAGGAUGUAGGAUGAGAAUAUGAAACAUGAUAAAAAAACGCGUUUUGAUUUUCUGAUAAGUAAAAGAGGUUCAAACGCAGCGGUUGCGGGUGCGGGAGUUUGUGGAUGCGGAUGGUUGCAGUUUCAAGUAUUAAGAGUUUUGUAUGACUGGCACAACGUUUAAAAAUUGUUGUGUUUGCAGUAUAUUUAUGGCUGGUUGAUUAUAAGAUAUUGCAGCGUUUUAAUAAUAAAUUAUCAAUAUUAACAUAUUAUAACAUUAUAAAAAUAUAAAAACAUAUUAUUGUAAU